GGUCCUUCGAAAAGUCGUGACACGCAGGUCAGCAAGAAUAGUCAGAAUUCAAAAAAAGGGAGUAAAUACAAGUGGAAGAAUUUCGAUAUCGAUGUCGAAUACGCGUCGAGAGUUCCUACACGCCCUUAUCGGCGUUCAAGGGGUAGUACGCGCGAAGGCGGCAGCAGUGGUAGCGCUGAAUUUCAUCCGAGAAAUGUGUAUGUGAACAACAGUAGAUAUCAGACGGCGAUGAGAUAUGGUGCUGCGACGGAUGUUCAAGAAGUUUUACCAGGUGAAUCUGGUUUUUCUUCUGCUUCUACCAUUGCUGCUGCUGCCCCAUUGCCGGAAACUGAUGGGGCAGGCAGCUGGAACUUGGGAGCUGAUGGUAAUGACGGUGCAAACACAUCUGAAAUGGAUGACAAAAGGCGAUUAGACAAGAAUAAACUGAUAUCUCCCGGCAGCAACGGUGGUCAUUACAGUGGGCCGCCGCUGACCAACCGUGAAUACAAGUACAGACCACGCCAACAACAUCGUCGCAACGUCGAGACCGAAAACGCAGAGGUUGACGACAAUUUCGACUACAUGGAGUUGUUAGACAUUCAGUACGCGCAGUAUUACGCGAUGACCUCUGUCCCACCUUUCGAACUGAAUCCGUCGAACGGUGCAGUCGAUUGCUCACUUGUUCCGUCUGCGUUGUCUCCACAUAGCAACGGUGAAAUGGUUCCCGGGCCUGCAUUCGUCAUUGUGCCGACUGCUGACGAAUUGGCAGUGACGGCAGUUUCUAAUGGGAUGACUGAUUCAGGAACGAAUAGUGCCAUCGCGUCGCCCAUCGUUCACGUUGGUGGCAGUCAAGUGGCAUCACUUGGCGCGCCCGCAGUGGUGCCGUACAUUUCUGUGUCUGCCUUCAGCCCGAUCAUACCGACUUUUAUGUCAGUCGAUGAGGAUAUCCUAAAAGAAUACAUUCGGAAGCAGAUGUACGCGUUUUUGACGUGCUCCUAUUUUCUUGUCUCUAGCUUUGCUGAUUUUAGCGAGUACUACUUCAGUGACGAGAAUCUACAGCGGGACUUUUUUCUGCGCCGCAAGAUGGACGCCCAAGGAUUCUUGCCUCUUUCGCUGAUAGCCACCACCAGCUUCUCCGUGCUGUCGUUGCUGUCUGUCGCUUUUCUGUCCAGUGCUGCUAACGCUGUACGUUUUCAGGCACUGCAAGAAAGCGUGACGGUGGAAUUAAGUCGUGACGGAGUCAAGGUGCGAGCGAGAAACGAACCCACGAAGUGGGUGAUCGAGAAGGACAUGCGAAGCUACAUUCCAGAGCAACGUAGUUUCGACUCAGCAACAAACGCCGUCGUUGUUGAUGUCCCGUCGUCAGUUUCGCAGCCCGUCAAGAAGAUGAACCUC